AUGAGCGCUUGUCGUAUUGUUAUUACUGGUCUUGGUGCUGUUUCACCAUUAGGAGUUGGUGUAGAAUUAAAUUGGCACCGUCUAUUAAAUAAUCAUUCCGGUAUUGUUUCACUUAAUGAAACAGAUUAUACUGGUAUUCCAUGUCAAAUUGCUGGUCGUGUACCCAUGAGUGUUGAUUAUCAAAAUCAAGAUGGUACACUUGAUUUUUCUAAAUAUUUUACACGAAUAUCUGAUUUAAAAUCCAUGACAUUAGCAAGUGCUUUUGCUCUUGUUGCUGCUCAAGAAGCAAUUGAACAUAGUCAAAUACUUUUAGCUUAUGAUGAUCGAACACGAAUUGGCGUAUCGGUUGGUAAUGGAAUAGCUGGUCUAGCAAAUACAUGUUCCAUAUUCGAACAAAUGAAAGCUAAAGGUCUAUAUCGUGGAAUGAGUCCAUUUUAUAUAACACAAGUUCUACCAAAUACCUCAGCUGGCUAUGUAUCAGUUCGACAUAAAUUACAAGGACCUAAUCUUUGUAAUAGUUCAGCUUGUGCAGCUGGCGUUCAAGCGAUUGGUGAUGGUUAUAAUAUGAUUCGUCUUGGCCAUGCUGAUGCUAUGGUAUGUGGUGCUACAGAAGCCACUGUCAAUCCAAUAACAAUAUCAGGCUUUGCACGAAUGCGUGCUCUAUCUACAUCAUUUAAUGAUCAACCUAAACUUGCAUCACGUCCAUUUGAUCGACAAAGAGAUGGUUUUGUAAUGGGAGAAGGUGCUGCUAUUAUGAUAUUGGAACGACUUGAAUCUGCUCAAAAACGAGGCGCUAAAAUUCUCGGUGAAAUACUUGGCUAUGGUUUAAGUUCAGAUGCAAGUCAUAUUACAAAUCCAACUGGAUUAGGAGCAUUGAAUUGUAUGAAAAAUGCAUUGAAUAACGCUCAUUUGCAUGCGAGAGAUAUCGGCUAUAUAAAUGCACAUGCUACAUCAACUCCAAUCGGAGACCGCAUUGAAAAACAAGCUAUUACACAAUUAUUUACGUCCGAUAAUUCUAAUGUUUUAGUUUCUAGUACCAAAGGUCAUACUGGUCAUUUACUUGGCGCUGCUGGUGCUCUCGAAUCUAUAUUCACUGUUCUUGCUUGUAACCAUGCAAUAUGUCCUACAACAUUAAAUUAUAAAAGUAAUAAUGAUGAUUCAGAAGAUUCGUCAUUAUUGAAUAUUAUUUCUAAUGAUAAACCAUUAUCAUGGAAUAGUAAAACGCGUAUUGCAUUGAAAAAUUCAUUCGGUUUUGGCGUAAGACUUCGUUCAGUGACACAGCCAAAAGAAAAACGCAAUGAACAACUUUUAUGUCCUGAUAGUGAUACGUACAAGAAGAUGAUGAAUGAAACACAGUUUGAAUAUUAUUUUGAUAUUAUUAAGCAAUGGACAUUUCCAUCAGUUAUUGUAUCAAUGGAUGAAGACGACAGAAAAGCUCUUCAUCAAGGACAUUUAUUAUUUAAAAAUUCGUUAUUAGAUGAUGACGAUAAAAAAACUAAUGAAUGUUUUCAACAGUAUCCGCAAUUAUUUAAAUUAUCAAAUGCUAUUGAUUCGUGUGAUAUUCAACGUCCAAUAUUUGUCCGUUUAUCAACAAGAAGUCCGAAAGAUGCAAUUUUAUUAUUGAAUAAACAGAAAUGUAAACAAGUUUUUCAAAAAACAUUGGAUGACAUGGUAGCUGAUGAUACAUCCGAACGUAAUCGACGUUUAAUUGCAAUCGAUGAAUCAUCUAUUCGUUUACUAUCUGUAACGGAUGGUUUUCAUGCCAUACAACUUCUAGUUGCCAGUGAGCGUAUUCAAGAUGAUCUAAUAUCGUGUGCAUCAUUGAAUUUAAUAGUUCGUCAAUUUAUUAUUGAUCGUCGAAAUUUAAAAAGUGAAUUUCGUGCAUUUAUAUUUAAACAUAAAUUAACAGCAUUAACUCAAUAUAAUGAAUAUAUAUUUGAUAGGAAUUUAUUUGAAAAAAAAGAUCUCAUUUUAAAAUCUAUUAAAGAUUUUUUUGAAAAUGAACAUAUAAUUGAACGAAUACCUUAUGAAAAUUAUAUCUUAGAUUUAAUAUUGAUCGAAAAUAACAAUAAUAAUUAUCAAAUAUUUAUCUGUGAAAUAAAUCCAUUUGCAGAAUUUGCCGGUACUGGAUUAUUCUCAUGGUUAAAUGACCGAAAUAUUUUAUUAGGUCGUGAAGAAUUUCAAUUUCGUAUUAACGAAAAUGAUACUAGUGAACAUUCGGAAGCGAAUGAUCAAUGGUUAUUAUUAAUGAAUAAUUAA